GCCGCGACGCGAGCCGGUUAACUCGCAAACGUAGUGCGGCGAGGAUUAAAAAAAAAUGAUAUAAUUUUUUUUUCAUAUCGUUCAUAGUCGAGUGUUUCCCAAUAUUGAUGAAAUAAUAUUGUGGAAGCAGUGGCUAACAUUGGAAUUUAUUGGAAUUUUUAAUAUCAAAAAAAUAGUAAAAUGGAUAUAUACCAGAAAAACAUGGAUUGCUUAAACGGCAAUGAUCCGUUUACUCCAAAUUUAAAUAAAGAAUGUAACUUCGGUACCUAUAACCAAAGCAAUGAGGCGAUAUCGGAUUACUACGAUGGCGCAGUUAUACUUGUUACGGGAGGCACAGGUUUCGUAGGCAAAGCAUUACUAGAAAAACUGUUAAGAAGUUGUGCUGGCAUUGAAACUAUCUACGUUUUGAUGAGACCAAAACGAGGCUUGUCUGUCGAACAAAGGUAUAAGGAACUGCUGAAAAACCAGGUUUUCGACCGUAUCCGUGCGCGUUGGCCGGAGCGUCUCGGGAAGCUGUUUCCAAUAACAGGCGAUGUGUCGGCGCCAAACCUGGGCGUCAGCGCUGAACAACGAGAGCUGCUGAGCUCGGUGACAACUGUAUUCCAUUCAGCGGCUACCGUCAAGUUCACUGAACCGUUGCAAGCGGCCACAGCGCUGAAUGUGCAGGGUACUGCGUAUCUGCUGAAACUGGCUUCUGAUAUGCCUCUGCUUAAGGCUCUAGUCCACGUGUCUACAGCAUAUAGCAACGCGCCGCGUAGCCACAUCGAAGAGCGCGUGUAUCCACCGCCGUACGACCCAGACAGCAUAGUACGGUGCACUAAAAUGCUGCCGCCAGAUACCGUCGACACUAUAGCGGAAACUUUACAGGGAGAACAUCCUAAUCCCUACACACUUACCAAAGCGUUGGCUGAAUCGAUUGUGUUCAGUCAUACAAAUCUACCAGUUUGCAUAGUCAGACCUUCUAUAGUUACUGCAGCUUAUCAAGAACCUUUCCCCGGAUGGAUAGAUAAUGUCUACGGAGUUACAGGUAUAAUAAUGGAGAUAUCUCGUGGUACCUACCGUUCCGGGUACUGUAGAGAGCGGUACGUGGUCGAUCUGGUGCCCGUUGAUUUAGUUGUCAAUAGCUGUAUUCUAGCUGCUUGGCGACAAGGUUGUAAAGAACCGGGCCGCUGUCCAGUUUAUAAUGUAACGUCUGGAUCCAUCAACCCUCUGCAGUGGGGUCAAUUCACAAGGCUCUGCAUUAAAUGGGCGAGGGAAAAUCCCACCAAAUACGUCAUGUGGUAUCCGAAUUUCUCCUUUACUGAGUCCCGUUUUAUGAAUACGUUUUGGGAGAUAUCUUGCCACUUCUUACCCGCCUUCCUAUAUGAUGUUUUGCUGCGAGCACAGGGCAGGAAAGCUAUAAUGAUGAAGUUAGCUCGUCGAUUCAAAAUGGCGGCAGCUACAGGAGAAUACUUUGCGAACCACGAAUGGCAAUUCGGUAUAUCGGAACUCACAGCUCUUCACGCUGAAGCGAACUGUGCGAGCGACUCCAGCGCCUUCCCCCACUGGCCUGCUCAGUUCAACUGGGACACUUACAUCGGAGCUUACAUGUUGGGGAUACGGCGAUUCAUAUUGAAGGACAGCGUUGAAUCACUGCCCAAUGCUAGGUCAAAGUUAAAAAGAUUGUAUUGGGUGCAUCGAAUGUUCCAGGCUGCAACAGGAUAUUAUUUAUUCAGAUUCUUAGCUGGUCGUUUACGGUAGAAUGUGGUAGAAAUAAGUAGUACCAACAUCUGUAUAUCGUAAUUGAUGGCAUUGCAGUAGGAAUUAUAAUUGAUAGUUUAAGAGAUACCAAUCUAAGUCUUAAGAAUGUUUGUAAUAACUUCGAAAUCAA